AUGGCAGUCUCUUGCUACGUCGUCGUGAGAAUUCAAAAAGCCCGCGUCUUGGUCGUUGGUCCUGGUGGCAUAGGCGCGAUGUGCUCCUAUGCCCUGGAGCAAGGCAGGAAGGCAGAAGUCACUGCGGUCCUACGCUCGAAUUAUGACGCCGUCAUGAAAUACGGAUUCGAAAUCGACUCAGUCCAGUAUGGGCGGAUUUCUGGGUGGCGGCCAGCGAACGUGGCACCAAGGGACACUACCAUAAUCCUUGCGCAGAACGGACUGAACCUCGAAGGGCCUGUUAUCUCCGCGUUUCCCUCGAACCCUAUCCUUAGCAGCGUCGUCUACCUCCGUGCGACACAGUAUGCCCCGGGCAAGAUCCUGCAUGAUGACCCAGACAUCCAACGGAUCGAUGCAUUUGCGAAUCAGAAAUUUGAUGAGGGUGUCGUGGAAAACGAAGCGAAGCGGUGGAUAACUAUUUAUAAUUCGAACAAUAAGUUGGAGACGAUAUUCGAUCCGGAUGUGAAGCGGGCUCGGUGGCGGAAACUCGUCUACAACGCCUCGUAUAACCCCGUUGCAGCAAUUCUCGGGCUCGAUACUCCCCGGGUGCGCAUGAGCAGGCACAUAAUUGACGACUUGAUCCGCCCGAUCAUGCGCGAGAUCAUAGCGGCUGCAGAGGCGUGCGGUGUGUCUUGGUUCCCUGAGGAUCUGCUAGAGAUUGUGAUUCGAAAUGACCCAAUCGAUACAGAAUUCAAGCCCAGUAUGGCACAAGAUGCGGAGAAGGGUGGAUUUAUGGAAAUCGAGAAUAUUGUGGGCGAGCCGUUGAGAGAGGGGAUGAAAAGGGGGGUGGAUAUGCCGACGCUGAGAACGGUUUAUGGACUGCUGAAAGGACUGCAAUUGAAAGCUAAGGAGUCGAGGGCGUUGUGGGUUCCAGGGUUUGAAAAUGGGCAUCCGUAUAAAGAUGCUGAAGAUUUAGUCUCCGCCUGCACUCUGAAGGAGAAGAUUGAGGUUUUUUGUAUCGCUGCGCGAUUUCAAUGCGUCAAGUCUAUUUUUCUACCGCCUCCCAGCAAGACAGAUGUCCGCUCACAGCGCCAGCGCCUUGAAGAUAUCUGUUCCUCGUCUCCUCCCGCCAUCAAUGGCAACGGUGAUUUUGCCCUUGGUAACAGGGGCAACUUCUCGCAGGACAUCUAG